UGCACCAAACAGAAUACUGAGAUUUAUUUCAAUCUCUAUCUCUUAGUCUUUGUCUCUCAGUCUCAGUCUUUCCGUCUCUGUCUCUCCACCAAACGUUACCUUAAAGCACUUGUAAAGUUGUAAUUGAUAUGAUACCAUGAUGUUGCUUGCCUAUAUAUAUAUGUGUAGUGUGGUUAUUAUAUACGUGCAGAACAAUACCUAAUUUAUAUAUGGCAUCGCCACUGUUAAUGAAAAUGAUGAUUUUAGCUUUCUUCCUCUUCCUCAUGAUUUUAUCAUGAAUGUCACCACCCCUUCCUCCACGACCACCGUCACUAAGUGAUGGCUUGUCCCUCGAGCUCAUCCCACCCCAUUCCCCAAAAUCUCCAUUUUAUCAUUCUAACCUUGUAAAUCCCUUGGUUUCCCCAUAUAAACAAGACGUGGUAGUAAAGAUUGGUAUUGGUACCAUCGAUAUCGAGGGUAAUGUCGCUUACAAAUCUUAUCUAUUAGCAUUGGACACUGGAUCCGACUUAAUAUGGAUUCAGUGUGAGGAAUGCAAGAUUCAAGAUGAAAACCAUAGGUGCUAUCCUCAGAAAGAAGAACCGUUUCCGGAUAGCAAGUCAAGAACCUACCAACCUCUGCCUUCAAGUCACCCCCUCUGCAAACCCAGUCGCUCCGACGAAAAAGGCCACUGCAUAUACACGGUGAAGUACAAAACUGGAUCCAUCAACAGCACAGGCGUGCUUUCCAGUGAGACCUUCAGAUUCCCCUCUACUUCGUCACCAAGUGGUACGGAGGCGGUGAAAGGGAUUGUCUUCGGGUGCGGUUAUAAGAAUUAUGACGAUGACGGUAAUGCUGGUGAUGCUUAUCAGAUAGCAGGCAUUUUUGGCAUGAGCCCUGGUCCCCUUUCGUUUCUAAGCCAAUAUAAAGCAAAGAAAUUUUCAUACUGCAUGGUUCCGCGCCAUGUGAAAAACCCUCCUCCAACCUACUUGAGGUUUGCCUCAGAAGUGAAGCCGUUAACAAGGUUCCAGAUGGUGGAUCUUCUUAUGACUAAGGCAACUAAAAAUCACUUUGUUCUGCAGCUGGAAGACCUUGGAGUAAACGGCAAGAGGCUUCGGAUUGAUCGGAGGAGGCUUGGAAAUCAGUAGUUAGUUGUUGACUCUGGCUCCACUGAUUCAUUUAUGCUGAACGGUGCCCAUAAAAAACUUGUGAGUAAAUUAGAUAGCAUUCUAAUUACCGCAACUGGGGACUUUGAAAAGGAUGUCGUAACCUUUAAAGACAAAAUUUGUUAUAAGAGGAUGAGGAAGCCACAAGGAUUUACUGCCAACAUACCAAGUGUCAAUUACUACUUCAAAGGAGGUGCUCAUCUCGAUUUACCUCCUCAAAAUGUUUUUGAACAGAAACUAGAACGAGACACAGAAUGGUUCUGUUUCAACAUUGUCCCAGACCAGCAAAUGAAUCUCUUGGGUGCCUACCAACAAGCUGACUUUUAAGUUCAUUUUUGAUACCAAGAAAAAUAAGCUGCAGUUUGGUCCAGAGAAUUGUGCUCAAAACAGUUAAUUAAAUCAAAUAAGCUGACUUUAUGUAUAUGCUCCAGUUUUACCACUAAUUAAUAAAGAAAUCCAAUCUUAUAUAUAUAUAUAUAUAUAUGUGACAGCAUUAUUGCAUUGCAUUAUUUCUAGCUAGCAACUUAAGUGUUACUUGAUAUAUCAUCAUCCCUCUUCAAUCGCUCACUCAUGUCUCAACUUAUAUUGACGACUAUACAUCC